AUGCCCCGCAGACCACCAGGAGCCCAGGUGGAUUUGCAUUCAGGGCACACACCAAAGGACCUCUUCCUGCUCUACUUCGCCGCAGAUACAAUGAGGACAAUCUGCAGAAACACCAACAAACAGGCAGCAAGAAAUCAGCAGAAGGGGAGCAAAUAUCAGUGGACUGACGUUGAUGUGGAGGAACUGCACAGAUUUCUGGGUCUCCUCAUCUACACCUCAUUGGUGACUCUGCCUAGUAUCCAGGACUACUGGAAACAAAGCCACAUAUUGUCUGUUUCAUUGCCAGCGAAGGUCAUGCCAAGAGACAGAUUCCGGUCCAUCUCAUGGAACAUCCACCUAAGUGAUCCAGAGGAGGAUGUCAUAAAUGACCAGCGCAAAGGUACACCCCAGCAUGACAAACUGUUCAGGGUCAAACCUCUGAUGGACGACAUUCGCACUGCCUGCCAGGCUCAUUACCAUCCUAAGAAGGAACUGUCAGUCGACGAGAGGAUGGUGGCUACAAAAGCCAAAACUGGCAUGACCCAGUACAUGAAGGACAAGCCUAACAAAUGGGGGAUCAAGCUCUUUGUGUUGGCAGAGUCUAACAAUGGCUACACUCUAAACUUCAACGUGUAUGUUGGGAAAGCACACACACCCAGCGUGCAUGGACUUUCAUAUGAUGCUGUUAUGGACCUCAUUCAGCCAUCACAUCUUGGUACAGGAUACCAUAUUUAUAUGGACAAUUUCUACACCAGCCCAAAACUGUUCCUGAGUUUGGGAAGUAUGAAGUUUGGAGCCUGUGGGACCUACAGAAGCAACAGAAAAGGGUGUCCUAGUGGCAGAGAAAAUGCCCUCACCAGCAAAUCGAAGAGGGGGUCUGUGAGAUGGAUCAGAGAGGAUCGCCUGGUCUUUGUGAAGUGGAUGGAUACGCGGGGAGGUGUCGGUGUGCUCCACAAUCCACCCAGCGUUUUGAGCGAGACAAUCAAGAGGAAGGUGAAGGAAGGACCUGGACGCUGGGUAGCAAAAGACAUUCCCUGCCCUACCCCCAUCAUGGCCUACAAUAAGUACAUGGGAGGGGUUGACCUGUCAGACCAGCUUCUCCAGUAUUACUCAACCCAUCGCAGAACUGCUCGCUGGUACCGUACCCUCUUCCUGCAUUUUUUGGACAUGGGAACAACAAAUGCAUACAUCCUGCACUGUGACAUCAGUGCGACCCAACAGGUCACACCCAUGACGCACAAGAACUUUGUGGCAGAACUUGUGGCCCAGCUGUGCGGAGUGACCCAGACAGGGGUUCCACUUCAAAAAAGCACCAGCCAUGUUUCUGUGGCCAUUGCCAAUGUUGCAGAGGCCAAAGACAAAGCCACAGCAGGCCGCAGGGUUUGUCAACGCUGUAAACAAGUUGACAAGAAGAGGUUUGUCACACCAUGGAAGUGCAAGGCCUGUGAUGUGGCUCUCUGUGUCAUUGUGGACAGGAACUGUUUUGAAGAGUGGCACAAAUAG